GUAACAUAUAUUAUGUCACUUGUACAUAAAAUAUAAUCCAAAAAAGAAAAAAAAAGCAAAACUUGCACGAAGGGUGAAGGGGAGAAGAGGUAGCCUCUGCACUUUGACCUUCAUCUUUCUCUCUCCUCCAUUUUUUCUUCUUCUUUUUCAGUGCUUCUUCUCAAUUAAGUGUGUUUUAAAAAAAAACCACAGAAAAUUUGCAGAGAGGGGGAGAUCCAUAAACCCAUGAAUUUCUCACUCUCAUAAUCAAAUCUGAAAAAACCCCACAAAAAUUGAACAAAAACCCAUUAUAAAUCCCCAAUUUUUGGCCAUGGAAACUCCACCAGCAGAGGAGUUACUGAGGAAGAUCCAAGACCUAGAAGAGGGGCAUGCUCACCUUCGAGAAGAGAUGUCGAAGUUGAUUCUAGCAGAUGGGGUUCGUCAAAGGAGGGCCCACUCUGUUUCCCCUCAACGCUCGAGGUUGCCGGCGCCGGUGCCGCUUCACCGGAGGAGAGAGAGUGAGUGGAAGAAAGGGUCGAUGUCGUUUGGGCAUUCUUCAACGUCUGUGUCAAUGGGGUCUUCGUCGUCGCCGUUGCAGCGAGAGAGUCGGUGCCCUGAUGAAUUGCCGCCGCCUGUUGGCGCUGGUAGCAGUGGUAGUGGUAGCGGUGAUUCGACUGAGCUUCGGAAAUUGACUGAUAAGCAGUGUUUGAAUAUAUUGCAAUCUAUGGGACAAGCGGUUCAUAUAUUUGAUCUUGAUACUCGCAUUAUUUAUUGGAAUCGUUCUGCUGAAGAACUUUAUGGUUAUUCUGCAGCAGAAGCCCUUGGUAAGGAUCUAUGUGGCCUACUAGUUGAUGAUCAAGAUACAGGUGUUGCUGGUAAUAUUAUAAAUCGUGUAAAAUUGGGAGAGAGUUGGACCGGGCAGUUCCCUGUCGUAGAUAAGAAGGGACACAAGUUUCUAGUUGUUGCAACCAACACUCCAUUUUAUGAUGACGAUGGUACUCUCAUUGGGGUUAUUUGUGUAUCAAGUGACUCAAAACCAUAUCUGGAAAUGAAAGUUUCGACUUCAGAAGCAAAGGAACAGCAGGAGGCUAGUCUAAAUUCUAGCAAGCCCAAAAAUAGUGUUGCGACCAGGCUUGGCCUCGAUACUGAGCAGCCUUUGCAAACAGCUAUUGCUUCAAAGAUAACAAACUUGGCCUCAAAGGUUAGUGACAAGGUUCGAUCUAAAAUAAAGACUGGAGAGAAUAAUGUACUCCGAGAAGGUGGGAGUGGAGAUAGUCGUCACUCUGAUCAUGGGUUUUCUGAUGCUGCGUUCUCGGAUCAAAAAGAUGAUGGAAACUCUAGUGGAGCGAGUACACCCAGAGGGGAUUCUGUAGGCUCCGCUCUUGGUGUUUUUUCUCAGUUUGCUGGUGGAAAGUCUCCUGUCAAAGCUCAGAAAGAAGCUAGUGAAGAAAAUGAGGGUAAAUCUGCUAUUCACAAAAUGAUAACUUCCAAAGCCGAGGCUUGGAUUGGUAAGAAAGCAAUGCAGUGGCCGUGGAAAGGAAAUGAAAAGGAAACAUCAGACACCAAGAGUGGGCAAUUUGGUUGGCCUUGGAUUCAAGGCGAACUGGAUUCUGAUCGUUUACAUUCUGCUGCAAAAUCCGAAAGCCAUACCGGCGAAUAUAAUCGGCCUGCUGGUAAUGAGGCCACUGGGUCCUGGUCAUCCUUUAAUAUAAACAGUACAAGCAGUGCAAGUAGCUGUGGAAGUGGAAGUAGCAGCAUUGUAAAUAGAUUGGAUGUUGAUACUGAUUGCUUAGACUAUGAAAUAUCAUGGGAGGAUUUGACAAUUGGAGAGCAAAUAGGGCAAGGUUCCUGUGGAACCGUGUAUCAUGGUCUGUGGUAUGGAUCGGAUGUUGCUAUCAAAAUUUUUUCCAAGCAAGAAUAUUCUGAAGACGUCAUAUUUUCUUUCAGACAAGAGGUGUCCCUCAUGAAGCGACUUCGGCACCCGAAUAUUCUACUAUUUAUGGGUGCAGUAACGUCACCUCAACGUCUGUGCAUUGUCACCGAGUUUCUUCCACGAGGAAGCUUGUUUCGUCUACUACAAAGGAGUACAGCCAAACUGGAUUGGAGGCGACGGCUUCACAUGGCUAUAGACAUAGUUCGAGGAAUGAACUAUCUUCAUAAUUGUAACCCACCUAUUAUUCAUCGUGAUUUGAAGACUUCUAACCUUCUGGUUGAUAAGAACUGGAUGGUUAAGGUUGCUGAUUUUGGCCUUUCACGUGUGAAACAUGAAACUUACCUAACUACAAAGACUGGAAAAGGAACACCUCAAUGGAUGGCACCAGAGGUUCUUCGCAAUGAGCAAGCUGAUGAAAAGUCUGAUAUAUAUAGCUUUGGGGUCAUAUUAUGGGAGCUUGCUACUCAUAAGAUUCCGUGGGAAAAUCUCAAUGCAAUGCAGGUGAUUGGAGCUGUUGGGUUCAUGAAUCAAAGGUUAGAUAUACCGGAGGAUGUAGAUUCGAGGUGGUCUUCCAUAAUUGAAAGCUGCUGGCAAAGUGAUCCUCAAAGCCGGCCAACAUUUCAAGAACUGCUGGAGAAGCUGAAGGAUUUGCAGAGACAAUAUGCAGUCGAGUUCCAGGCUGCCAAAACUGGUUCUGCAGAUGUUGUCGUGAAAGAACUAUGACACCUCAGUCUUGGCUAACUCUUAUAUGUUGCUGAUUUCAUUUGGCACAGCUUUUGGUAAAUUUUGAUGGAUUGCUGGUGCCCUCAGUAAGGAUUCAGUAAUCACCUUACUGCGCCCAUAAUUCUUGAUAGCCACUUGGAAUUUAAUCCCAAAUUAUCAUGGCCUCUAUGAAAAAGCAGAAAAGAGACCUUGAUUGAUUGAAAUGGCUGCAGGGACGGUUGGUUCUAAUUGAAUUGCAAGCAUUGACUUCUUUCGCGAUGAUUGAUAUUAUUGAAGUUUUGGUAGUAAACAAAUAGAAAAGAAUGUAGUGUUCAGCAUUUGCCGUGUGCAAGCUCUUGGAUGCAUGGAACUGUACAAAACGCUUCCAUUGUAUUGUAAAUAUUUGUACCACACACAAGUUGUGUCAUUGGUGUAGAUUAUAUUAUUCUUUAUCCUAGAAAUUCUUUUAUACAUUAUACCUAGUACUUGUUUUGGGUUUGCAAUACUUUUGUCUACUCUUGUAGAAAACAAGUACCAACAUUCAACUGCUAAUAUGCAAGCAAGUUUCCAAACUUCA